AUGUCAGGAAAAACUAGUUUGGGGACAUUCUCAUCGUCAUGCUGCCUCCUCGCGUCUCCAGUCGUCCUCUGGCGCUUCCUUGUUUAUACUGUAUGUAGCCUGGCUCAGUCAGUGGGUGGACUCAUUUGUUCUGUUUGCGCUUGUGACUUCAACCAAGACGGUCAUGGAUUACUCUCAGCCGUUCUCUGUCCUCAAUGCUAGGCUGAAACCUUGUUUCAUCGAGCAGAUCAACUCCUCUUUGGACAGACUGGAGGAGAGGCAGUGGAGCUCACUAAGGAGCAAAUCGCCGUCUAACCGAGAAACCGCUGAACCAGCAGGAAAAGAACCAGGCGUCCCAGGAACCACGGCGGAGCCCGAGAAACCAGGAGACCAUGCCGAGCAGGAGGAUUCAGCCUCAGACGGCCCAGAAGAGGACAACUCCGCUGAUCUCCUGCCUGUUUCCCACUCAUACUUCUUUAAUGUGGAAGAGUUUGAGAAAAUAAUUGAAGGGAAGGCCGAAGAGGACGGCAGCACCUCACAGUCUGAGGAGAAGGACGCUGCAGGUGAGCUGGCCUCCGAGGCCACAGUAGCCGGUGAAGGCAGCGGCUUCCAGAGUCGAUACGUUGAUGGGACUUUACCAGACCUGGUCAAGAGUGGGAGGCCGCUCACCAGACGCAGGACCCUGGGACACGUCUCUGCCACGCUCAAUGAGGUGCGCAGAGAAGUGGAGCUAUCUCGGAGACGGAGCAUCAAGCUGAAGGCCCAAGUGGACAAGCUGCAGGAGAGGAGGGAGGGGCCGGGCUGGAGCCAGCACAGAGAAAGGGUCACAGAGGAGGUUCUCUCGGUUCUGCGGCUCCUGCGCCCGCUGACGGAACCGGAGGGCAGCCCAGCUGAACCCUCUGAGGGGGAACGCUGCCUGGACGAUGCCCUGAGCCAGCUGCAGAACGUGGCCCGUAAACUGGCCUUCAGCCACACCAAACAGGAUGCCAAAUCAAAGGAGGCUAAAGGAGAUGAGGACAGCGCUAUUCUGCAGCAGGCGCUGCGGGACAGAGAUGAGGCCAUAGAGAAGAAGAAGGCGAUGGAGGCCGAGCUGCUGAAGAGUAAGACAGAGCUGAUGCUGCUCAACAACCAGCUGCUGGAGGCCGUACAGCGGCGCCUGGAGCUGUCACUGGAGCUCGAGGCCUGGAAGGAGGACGUUCAGGUCAUCGUCCACCAGCACCUGCUGUCUCAGCAGGCGGAGCAGGCCCAGAAGAAAUCCUCCCGCGGGGGCAUUUUGAGGAGGAACAACAAACCCGUCAACCAGAGGCCGUCCAACUUCCCUUUGCCUGCAGCCGCCGCUCCCUUGGUCAACUCCAACCAAAUCUUCAUCACCAGUUCUGCGCUGUCGGCUGCUGCGACUCCCAGCGCACCCCCGUCCCCCAGCCCUCAGCGCACCUGGAGGGACAGGCUGAGGGUGGGCCGGAGCAGCCGGCAAACGGAUCAAGAUGCUUCGGGGCAGAUUCCAGCCUCGGGCGGCGUCGACGGCUUUCAGGUCAUAUCUCUUGACUAAAAUAUUAACGGACAUUGGACUGAGCACAUUAUUCUGUUGGACAGUUGUUAUAAAAAAUCCCUCGGGUUCUUCGCUGUGUAACAUCUGUAUCUGCAGAGGGUGACACUGUUUCAUUUAAACUUUAUGAAGGGGGAAAGGUGUCAUAAAGAUAAAUAUGACAGAAUUUGUGAGAACACAGCUGUUGUUGACCUACAUCACUUGAUGUAAACUUCAGAGCUCAGGCGCACUUUACUAAAAGAAGCGACAUCUUGACAGUGACACUUGAAAUGAACAAUAUUUGUAAGCUUUGUUUUUUCAAUGUGGAAGGAAGAGAAUUGAUUAUGAAGGAGCCAUGCACUAUUUAAUGCUGUAACACUUAAUCACUUGCAUAUUCUUAUCAUGUCAUGAAUAAAGUUAUUAAAAGAGCUAAA